AUAUUAAAUCUUGCUUGCUAGAUCUUGAUUGUUGAUUGCUGCAACAAUAUUUUAAUGACCUAAAUUAUAUUGAUAUGACUGUAAACCAAAUUUGAUUCAUGUAAUUGUUAAAUUUAUAAUUGAUGCUUAAUGAUUGAGAACAAGGAACUUAAAAUGUAUAUUUAAGUUAUUCGGCGACAAGUGGAUUGAUUCAAAUUUCUUAUAUUAUUCAUGUCGUAUCGAAAAUUUUGAUAUCCGCAUACGCCCUCUCGUGAUAAUGAUUCGUACAACCAUUAAUCUUGACAAUAUCCCAGUUUUAGAUUCGAUUUGGAUCAAAUCGAUUUCAGUUUGAUUAAAUAGUAUGUGUUUGAGUUUUGAUAUCAUUCAUAGAUUUUUAACUUAAAAUUAACUGAUGAUAACUGGAUUGGUCCAAAUUCUUUAUGUAUUUUUUAUAUUCUAUUGAAAUUCAUGAUAUAAUUUCACAUGUUCCUUCUUCGAAAUAAUGAUUGGUAUAACCAUUAAUUUUUACAAUAUCUCAAUUUAGUAUUCGGUUGGGACAAAUCAUUUAUACAUCGCAAUAAAUCCAAUGCACACAAGUCUCUGGAAAUUCCAUUGUAUUCAGAAUUUUUUCAAAAAAAAACUGAAAAAGCAUUUUGUUUCGGUUUCAUAACUUUCGACGCUAGUGUUUCAACAUGGUUGCUAGAAUCUUAAACAUGAUCUUAUAGAUUGUGUUACAUAGCACAACUGUGAGGUAAUCUUUUCAUAUUUUAUGCAUCCAACUAUCUUGGAGACCCAACCUAAAAGCGUUACGUUAACUCUAUACGGCAUAAAUCUUACGUUAACUCCAUACGACAUAAAUUCACUGUGAAAGUAUGAUUGCAUCGCAGUGACAAAGUCAUGGUCUGCAACAAAUGUCAUGUUUUUGUUUCUUUUUGGUUUGUUUUGGUGAGUGUGUUUCCUUGUUUGGUUAGUGUGUUUUCGUAAUCUCUGGCAUUUUUUGUUGAAUAUCUGAGUCAUUAAUGCAAUUAAAGAACUUGGAUCCUCUUAACCGUCUCUUCUAACAUCUCAGUUUCACGUUUUUGUGAUGGUUUCAUCUCUUGACAGAGAAAAAGAAGUUGUGAAUAUGGGAGCUCCAAAGCAUAAGUGGACACCGGAAGAAGAAGAAGCUCUUAUGGCUGGAGUACUCGAACAUGGAAUCGGAAAAUGGCGUUCGAUUCUCGGAAACCCUGAGUAUUCCUCUGUUUUGCACUCUCGCUCAAAUGUGGAUCUCAAGGACAAAUGGAGAAACAUAAGUGUAGCAGCUACUUGUGGAUCUAGGAAGAAGGCUAAGCAAGGUGAUGAUGGAGGACAACAGAUUGUUCCAGCAUCUGCUCCUCUUGCAUUCUCAUAUGAGCCACCACAAGAUCUCUUCACAAGUGUGGAUAACAUGAUUUUGGAGGCUAUAACUAACUUUAAGGGACCGUUGGGUCCUGAUAGAAACUCAAUCUUGCUGUCUGCAGAGGUGAAUGCUAAUAUGCCAAUGUAUAUGGAACCGCUUGUGACUUCAAGACUCGAGCAUUUGAUCAAUACUGAAACAAUAAUUAAGAGAGAGCACAGGUACAGUGUUUCUCAGGGCUAUGCAGCUGCAAAAGCAAUAGCAGAAGCAGAGUUGGCACUAGCAGAAGCUGAAUUAGCGGCAAGGGAAGCGGAUAACGCAGAAGCUAAGGCUGAAGCUGCCCGUAUUUUCGCAAAAGUUGCAAUGAAAGCUUUGAAAGCAACUCGGUAAGAGAUAUUUGUGAUUCUUGUUUCUGUGCUGAUAGGGAAGACAGAUCAUGUCAUGUCUGAACCUUGCAUCUAAACUUGCACCUUUGUUAUGUCAGAUUCUGUUUAAAACCUUCUCUCUCUUUUUUUUUUAAAGUUGUUGUAGUAACUUUAUUACCUUCAGGUUUCUCAUGACCCAUUUAGAGAAAACUGGUUUGAAGGAAACAAAUCAAAGCUUUUGAAACAUUUUUUGUUUUUGAGUUUCCAAAAUUGCAAAUGGUUUAGAAUAGAAUACAAUCCACAUCUAAUAUACAGAGACAAGACUGGACCAGCAGCAGAGACAAGAAAAUAGAGACAAACUCUUCAACCAUCAUCAUUGUCACGCAGGCAC